CACACACACACACUUAAACUCCAAAAGGCACGCUCACACAGUCGUACUGAGUCCCAGUGGUCGGCUGAGGGGUGCUGGCUUCCUCUGAGCAGCCUGCAUGGAGCGCUGCAGCGUGCUGCAUGGAGAACCUGUGCUCUGACAGCAUCCCCUCACACUGACUGGAAACCUCAGCAGCCUGCUUGAUCAUGGACUUAGGAAGAGUUUGGUCCAGAUAUCAGAGGACGGUGCUGAUCACCAUGAUGAUGUUCAAACUGGGCCUACUGUGUACAGCAGCAGCAGACAAGUGUUUAUCAUCUCCCUGCAACAAUGGUGCCACAUGUCUCGACCACCUGGGGGACUACGUGUGCCUGUGCCCGAAAGGACCCGUGUGGUACAUGGGCAAAAACUGUGAUGAGCUGUAUGACGCCUGCAUCAUGGCACCUUGCACCAACUGCAGCAGCAACCCUGGGACUGAUGAGUUCACCUGCCACUGCCCAGACGGCUUCACAGGGCACAACUGCACUGAGGAUAUAGAUGAAUGUCAGAGCAACCCCUGCAAGGGUGUCAAGUCCUAUUGUGUCAAUGGAGUCAAUGGUUAUUUGUGUCAUUGUCCCAUUGGAUUUGGAGGGGAGGACUGCCAGGACAACGUGACCACUUGCUCAAAGGAAACAUGCCACAAUGGUGGAACAUGUAUGGACAUCCCUGACAUUGGGCCUCGCUGCCAGUGUGCUGCUGGAUACCAAGGAACGAACUGUGAGGAAAACACUGAUGAGUGCCAGUCUGAGCCCUGUCAGAACGGAGCCAUCUGUAAAGACGGGGUCAACGCCUACCAGUGUUUCUGUGUUCCUGGGUUUCAAGGCUACCACUGUGACCUGAACAUCAACGAGUGCGCUUCCCGACCCUGUCAAAACAACGGAACAUGUUUGGAUGAGGUGGAUCACUACAGGUGUGACUGCGCUCCAGGCUUUAAAGGGAUUAACUGUGAAGUGGAGAUCGAUGAGUGUGAGGUCCAUCCCUGCCAGAACGGCGCCACCUGCCGAGACCACAUUGCCAUGUACUUGUGUGACUGCGUGGCCGGCUUCCAGGGCCAAAACUGUGAAGUCAACAUUGAUGAAUGUGCCAGCAUGCCUUGUCUGAAUGAGGGCAAGUGCAUAGAUGGGGUCAACAGCUAUGAAUGUGACUGCGAGGGGACGGGGUUUGUAGGUGACCACUGUGAAGAGGAUGUUCCUGAAUGUGCUUCUGACCCCUGUCAGCAUGGAGCCACAUGCUUGGAGGGAAUCAACCGCUACACAUGCCUCUGCUGGCCAGGUUAUGAGGGAGAGAACUGCCAAAUAGAUACAGAUGAGUGUGAGCAGCAACCCUGUCAUAAUGGGGGUGAGUGUUUCCAGCGCUCAAAUGUCCAAAACUAUGGGAUGCUUCCUGAACUCAGCACAGCCAAUUUCAGCUAUGAAACGGCUGCUGGCUUCAUCUGUCACUGUCUGCAAGGAUUCACCGGAGACAACUGCUCAGUCAAUGUGGACGAGUGUGAGUCUGCUCCGUGUCAGCAUGGAGGAAGCUGUCAGGAUCUGGUCAACUCUUAUCAAUGUGUUUGUCCAGAUGGCUUCACAGGCGUACACUGUGAGGUGGACAUCGAUGAGUGUGACAGCAGUCCUUGCCAGAAUGGUGCCACGUGCGAAGACGCUGCCAACUCCUAUUGGUGUCACUGCUCCCCGCCAGAGCCCGGCCAGGAGCCCUGGGGUGGGCGAGACUGUGACGUCAGGCUGGUCGGCUGCCAGCAGCACCAGUGUCAGCACCAAGCCGGCUGUGUCCCCAUCCUUACCGACUAUGGCGCGCACAGUUACACCUGCCUGUGUCCGCCUGGCUGGACUGGAGAACGCUGCAACACCUCCACCACCUUCUCCUUCAACUCCGAGGGCUACAUCCACCUGCAGCUGCCUGUUUUGAAGAACAAGACAAAGCAAGAGAUGGAUGACUACAACCAGGGGCUCCACAUGCAGCUUCGAUUCAGGAGCACUCUGCCCAACAUGGUGCUGUACUAUCGGGGCACCCUGGAGCGCUUUUUCUCCCUGGAGCUUGCUGAGGGCUCCCUCCAGGCCAAGGUGAAAUCAGGGAAGGUCUUGCAGGCCAUUUACCCCGGCCCAGUCAAUGAUGGAGAAUGGCACCAGGUCACUGUGACCAUGGAUGAAAGACUGGUUCUGACAGUAAAAGGACCUGGCUGUGAGGAGGGAUGCCAGGUGAAGAACGAGGGUCACAACCAUCUAAUCUUUCUUCAGCCCAGCUCCUUUCAACAGCUGUAUGUAGGAGGGGCGCCACAGGAAUAUUUGUACAACUUGUCCAGUAGAAAUGGAUUCCUUGGCUGUAUGGAAGACCUUCAGGUUGAUCGUAAGCUGCUGCUGCCUCAGGACCUCAUCAGAGAGGAGAACAAGGGGUUGGAACUGGGAUGUACCAAAAAAGACUGGUGUGAGGAUGACCCAUGCAUGCAGCAUGGACAGUGUGUGGACAUGUGGGUUCAUGCCAGCUGUCAGUGUCAUCGACCCUACUACGGACAACACUGUGAAAAAGCGUUUCCAGCCUGGACACUUGGCCAUGAGAACACUACCAGCUAUUCUGCCUUCAACAUCUCUGAAACACAUGGAGACAACUUCACCAUUUCCUUCUUAAUGCGCUCCCUCAAACAUAACGGCCUGCUCCUACAGUUCUGUCGAGAAGAAAAGCCCUACUUGACAAUCUAUCUGAAGGAAGGCACCGUUGCUAUCUACAGCCCACACACCACACUGUUGACAGAAGCCAAGUUAGUCACGGAUGGGAACAACAAUUUGGUGACCAUAAAGGUUAACUAUGGCCACGUGGUCUUCCCCAAAGCAGGGAAUCAUCGAGCCUUAGGGAAUGUGAGUAUAGAGGCCGGGGAUGUAGUGUAUGUUGGAGGGCUGCCUGCAGGCAAGAACAUGAAUGCAUGGGGUGGACAUUUCAAGGGCUGCCUGCAGGACAUUCGAUUGGACCACAAGCAUCUGACCACUGAGGACCACCCAGAGGGGGCAGAGGUAUACCAAGCAAGCACAGAGGAGAAUAUGCUGCUGGGAUGCAAAAGUGAUAACACAUGCAAGGAUGAGCCCUGUUUCAAUGGUGGACAGUGUCAGGUCACCUGGAAUGACUUCAGGUGUGACUGCUCCAUUAAGUACUCAGGCCGGCUGUGUGAGACACGUUUGUGGUGCAUCGACAAGCCUUGUUUUGAAGGAGUACGCUGUGUGGAUCUACAGGAUGGUUAUGAGUGUCUAACUGAAGCCAUUUUUCAGGACAACUCUCUCCAGUACGUUGCCAACAGCUCCUUGUUGAGCCCUGUAACCAACAUCACCAUGGACCUACGAACACGGGAUGAGAAUGGGAUCUUGCUGCGAGCUGAGAGCAGAGCUGAAGUCUUCUGCCUGGGCCUGCUCAACUCUAGUCUGCUGGUCAAACUGGACAGCGGAGCAGGUGCAGAGCUGCUGGCCUUUACAAGUGACAGGACCAUCGCUGAUGGGGCGUGGCACCACAUCCAGCUCACCAUGGCAGAGCCUACACAGUUAGUGUCCCGCUGGCGCCUCACAGUCGAUGGGCAGAGAGCUGGUGGUACCUUUGGAGUUAGCGGCAACCUCAACUUCCUCAAUGACACUGACAUCUGGCUUGCAGAAAAAUACACCGGAUGUUUAGGGGAGGUAAGAGUGGGUGGUGUCUAUCUGCCACUCAUAAAUGUACAAGAAGCACCUCAGAUGAGCCGGUUCUCUCGACUGGGUGGACAUGAACCAAUCACAGGAUGUCAAGGUGCCCCAAUUUGUGAUUCCCAACCUUGUCUCAACCAGGGCGUCUGUCAGGACCAGUUUAAUGAGUUUAACUGCAGCUGCAGCCCUGGCUGGGAGGGGGAGCUGUGUGAAACUGAAAUAAAUGAGUGUUCUUCAGCUCCCUGUGUCUAUGGCACAUGUAAAGACCUCCUGGCUGACUACCGGUGUGACUGCGAGCCUGGAUACACAGGGAAAGACUGCAAGGAUGAGGUGGAUAACUGCCUGGAGUUUAGCUGUGUGAAUGGAGGAAUCUGCUUGGAAACGGUGGGAACUCACACGUGUUCAUGUCCUCCUGGCUACAUCGGCAAACGCUGCCAGUGGCGUUUCCCUCCAGUUGCUUGUGAUGCAAACACAAAAUGUCUUAAUGGAGGGGUUUGUAUAGGAGGUGACUCUGGAGGCAACUGUACCUGCAAGCCUGGAUACACAGGUGCCAGGUGCGAGACAGAAAUAGACGAGUGUGAGUCCAGUCCUUGUCUCAACGGCGCCACCUGUCUGGACAGACUGAACCACUUCCAGUGUGUGUGCAUGCCGGGCUACAGUGGCAUACAGUGUGAGAGCAACAAAGAGGAGCAUAAGGAGAGGAUUCCCUGGCUGGCAGUGACCAUCCCGCUGACCACCCUGUGUGUCUUACUGGUCAUCCUGGUGGUGUUUUUCCUCAUCAUGACAGCACGAAAGAAGCGUCAGUCAGAGGGCACGUACAGCCCCAGUUCACAGGAGGUAGCUGGUGCCAGGCUGGAAAUGGGCAGCGUCCUCAAAGUGCCCCCAGAGGAGAGGCUGAUCUGAGGCCUGAUGCCUCGCCUCACAGCUUUACAUCCAGAGGAUGUGUAAAGGUACGGGUGGAGAGAACAUCUCUUCUGCAGUAUUAUACUGCUUUGUCCUCCCUCACUACUGAAAUGAUAUAGAGGAUAAACCAAUGACGGAUCCUCUGUCUGGAAAAUACUACUGAUGGUGGAACCUCAGAGGUGUACAAGUCAAGACCAGAGGGUGAGAGAGGCUGACUAUCCUGUUGGGUAGAAUGUGGUCAAAACAUGCUUUGACCCUAAAAAUCCCUUUGAAAAGUUGAGUCCCGGACACUGUCUCAAGCGUGAUUUUGAAACUGAAAUGCUGUGAUAGCCUCAAUGCAGUCAUAGAAAGCAAAAUAGUUCAUCCUUGAUGGUUUAACAAAGUAAGACUUCAAUCUGCAAAUUUAACCCCUGGUUCUGUUUUGAACAAUAAAAACAGUGUAUGUGUACUGCAUCCUUUUAAACAUGCCAGGGGAGUCCUUUCUUCACCAACAUACGCCUUGUAGUAGUAUCCCUUACAUAUACAUGGGUAUGUCUCAUUAAUAGUCACAUUUUUGGGAGGCAGAUUCCAUUUUCAAGCCUGGCUUCCUCAGUCACAGGUUCCUUGGUAAUGCUAAUGCUAGCUAACCCCAGCUCUUCCACCAUAAUGGGUUUGUCCACUGUGAUUUCAGCCAUUUGUCUAAAGGAAUGUAGUUUUGAUGAAAACCUAAUUUUUUCCUUUGCAAAAUCAGAAAUUCUACAAUGUUCACUUGUUCAGUAUUUGUAAUGUAAUACUUGACCCAUGGGGAAAGAGCAUUCUGAAGGUGAAGGUAGUAUUAUUUAGUCAUAAGUCUGCAGGUUUUCCUUGAUCCAAAGAGUCCACCAGCUUCUCUCCCUCCUUAUAUUAAGCAGUCUUUGAUGUGACUUUAAAAAUUCAAACUGUUCAUUUGAUUGAAUGUGAUCCCAGAACCCCCAGCUGAAAAAGUGGAUGGACGUCAAAAACUGCUGUAGUAUAUUGUCAGUGUGCACUGUAUGACUCAACAGGUUAAUCACUGUGUAAUUAUGCUGAGUGUUUUAUCCAUGUUGUGUGUUGUAUGUAAUCUUCUGAGCUCAAGUCACUGUAUUUCUUUUUUUGUAAAGUUGUCAGGGGGAACAGUAUUUAAUUUUAAAAGUGUUAUCGCUGUGGUCUAAAUUGGUCACAUCAGUAUUUGUGGACAUAAACAACUUCCAGUGUCAGACAGAAAAACAUGAAAAAGGGAAAAAAAAUGUCUACUUGAGUUUUAGCAAAUGUAAUGUAAUAAUGCAACAUUUCUUAAAAUAUGUAGUAGUGAACAAAAGUUUACAUACACUCAUAAAUAGGAUGUAUAUCAUGGCAGUGUUGAGUUUCAAAUGACUCCUGUAACUACAUUUUCUAGGAUGGAAUCAUUGAAGCACACGAGUCUUUGUUACAAAAAAUACAUUUUGGUUUCCUCUGGAAAUAAGACAAAAAUCUUCUGGGUCAAAAAUACACAUUCAACAACUUGAAAUAUACAUUUAGGUAUUGUACAAAUCUGUGGUUAAUCAGAUAUUAGCAUUGUUGCAUUUUACCAAACAGAUUUAGAAAGAGGGCUGCUUGGUGAUUAGUGCUUUCACCUUGCAGUUAGAAGAUCCCUGGUUCAUGUCCCGGCCUUCCUGGGAUCUUUCUGCAUGGAGUUUGCAUGUUCUCCCUGUGCAUGUGUGGGUUCUCCAGCUUCCUCCCACAGUCCAAAGACAUGCUGAGGUUAAUUAAUAACUCUAAAUUGUCCGUAGGUGUGAAUGCGAGUGUGAUUGUUUAUCUGUGGCCCUGCGAUAGACUGUUACCUGUCCAGGUGUUCCCUGCCUUCACCCUCAGUCAGCUGGAUAGACUCCAGCCUGUGUAUAGAUAAUGGAUGGAUGGAUGGAUGGAUGGAUGGAUUUUGAAAGGGGGCCCUGGUGGAACAGUGGUUAGCACUGCCGCUUCACAGCUAGAAGAUCCUGGGAUCUUUCUAUGUGGAGUUUGGAUGUUCUCCCUGUGUCUGCAUGCUCAUUGGGUACUUCAGCUUCCUCCCACAGUCCAAAGACAUUCAGAGGUUAAUUGAUGAUUUUAAAUUGUACAUAAGUGUGAAUGUGGGUAUGUUUGGUUGUCUGUCUCUAUGUGUGGCCCUGUCAUAGAGUGGUGACCUGUCCAGGUGAACCCCUGUCUUCACCCUAAGUCAGCUGGGAUAGACUCCACAACCUCACAAAGAAUGAAUCAGUGUAUAGAAAAUGGAUGAAUGGAUGGUUGGAUAUUGAGAGACUGCCAUGAUAUAUUUGGUCUUUACAAGUGAAUGUAAACUUUUGUUAAUUACUAUGGUUACUUGCUUUCUUUUCAAAGGUGAGGUGAAACUUAUUUCUCUCUAGAACUGGAGUCAGAACAUAAUUAGCCCAGUUUAGCCAAGACCAAGGAGAAACAGCUAACCUGGCUCUACCCAGAGUUAAAAAAAAUACAUCUGCCAAUAAUACACUACCGUUCAAAAGUUUGGGGUCACCCAGACAAUUUCAUGUUUUCCAUGAAAACUCCCACUUUCAUUCAUGUGCUAACAUAACUGCACAAGGGUUUUCUAAUCAUCAAUUAGCCUUUCAACACCAUUAGCUAACACAAUGUAGCAUUAGAACACAGGAGUGAUGGUUGCUGGAAAUGUUCCUCUGUACCCCUAUGGAGAUAUUCCAUUAAAAAUCAGCUGUUUCCAGCUAGAAUAGUCAUUUACCAUAUUAGCAAUGUCUACACUGGAUUUCUGUUUAAUGUUAUCUUUAUUGAAAAAAAUUGCUUUUCUUUCAAAUAUAAGGACAUUUCUAUGUGACCCCAAAUGUUUGAACAGUAGUGUGUGUGGCAUUUUGUUGAAUCUAUACAGACAGUGAGACUGAUCCUAUCAUCUCACUCUCUAAAAGACAGCCAAUAAUUGUAUUCCCCUAAAGUUUAAGGUUUGAUAUCAAUAAACUACAGUCAAAUUAUAAUCACAGUUGUGGAAUUACACAUACAAACCUUAGCCCUGGCUACAGGAAAAUGUUUCACAAAUACUGAUCAGGCUGACUUUGAUAUUGAGAGUGAUGUAAAGAACUCUUUAUUAGAAUUGAAGAACUCGAAGAGAGUCUGAAGCCACUGCACUCACAUCUGUACUCCAGGAAGUGCACUCGCUCACUUGCCUUUCACUCUGUACUCACCAGUGCUGCUAAGUUUUCAAAACCACUGUUUCACAUAGAAAGACAGAACUCUUUGUGAAAAGGGAAGCAACGUGCAAGUCACAGCUGAAUAUGAAUUAGAACAACACUGGUCAAUACUAUUGAGUAUAUGUCAUUUUAAAGGGGCAGCAAGUAGAAUUUUGAUCAUGAUGCAUGGAGCCACAUGCUGCAAAGUAGUAAACCUGCCUGGAGGAACUUUUACCUCUGAGAAAGUUCUUGGGAAAUCUUGGGAACUCAUGAGCCAACAUCAAAGUUAGACCUCACUGAUGGUCUUGUGACUAAAUGGAGAAAAUCCCUGCAGCUCACUUCCAAAAAAUCAGUUACAAAUUUUAAAAAGUGGAAACUGUUAGAGGAACACAUUCAUGCCCAUGGUUUUGGACAACAAUGAGAUGUUCAGCAGAGUGUAGUGUUUGGACGUCCACGUAUUUGAUAUGUUUUAUGAACGUUUAAAGAGUGGAAAAAGAUAGAAGUUGUACAUUUCCAGAUCUUUUUGUGUCAGAUCUUUUUGGAGAGUCAAGUCCUCUUUGGAUUUCAGUGACACCUUCCCCAGUUUAGUUUGUACUUAUUGCAGAGCAUAAUAGGGGGUUAAUUUAGGCCAUCAUGCCUUGAUGUACGUAUGAUGAAAAAUAACAACAUACUUCUUUAUUAUUCAUCAGAUGAAGCCUUAUUUACACCUGACAAGUCUGUCCUUACUUUAGAACAGAUGUACAUUACAGAAAGACUUUCAGUUUUAAUUUAAGCUUCCUUCCAGUUAAUAGAAUAACCAAAACUUCUCCAUUUUCACAGCAUUUUUCCAACACAACAAACUUAAGCUACCAUGAAUAAAACUCCACAUGUCCCCGAUAACUUUCACAUCACACGUCUUACAGCCAUUACUUUACGGGUCAGCCUUUAAUGUGAAAAAACAAGAAACAACAGGAAAUGAUUAGAUUUUCUUAGUGAUGGCUCAGCAUUGAUCAAGCGUGUGGAAAAGAAGGAAUGACUGAAAUCACAAAAUAAUGAAAACAAAAAUGCUGCAGCAGAGCGGUGAGUGUGUCAUAACCGUUACUCUGUGCUGAUGGAAAUGAUGCUGUGGAAAUAAAUAAGUGGUCAUUUUUGGUGAUUAUUAGUGAGGUUAUUUCCUUUUUUCAGGCUGUCUGUUUAAUAAAGGCCAGAAAUCAUGAAAUGCCCCUUUAAAAUGACUGCAGGGAAUGUACAUGUAUGUGCAUAAUGCAAUGCUAGUAUGUGCCUUCAUGUUCUUCUGCGUCCAUGACAACCAAGCAUGCUGUGAUGUUAUUUGUUCUUGCUCAGGUGUAUUAAAGCCUUCGUGGAGAGGCCACUGGCAGUCAAAGUGUAUCUCUGCUCAAAUGUUCAAAAAUAUUACGGUAUUAUACCAGCAUACAGUAUUAAACAGUUAUGUGACUUGAUAUUAUAUACAGGCCAGAUACAUAUCCUAGCUAGUUACAGAAUGGUAGUGUUUUACACUGGAGUUGUUUUUU